UAUGGCGGUGACUGAAAUAUUUGCCAUUGGAUAUUAUACGUUUAUGGUAAUUCCUGUUAAGCCUAAACGAAGUGUGGAUUGUUAUCACGGUUGUGAGUGGAUAGGUACCACCAAAUCAUUUUGAGAAAAUGGAUUCAGACCAUAUUAAACAAGAAAGAAGAGCACAGAAAAGAAUACUUGAAGCCAAAGUCAAAGCAAGACCAGAACUAGGGGAGAAAGACUGUGAUGGUUGGAGAAAAAUGAGAUACUCAGAAUGGUUUGAUCUGGAUAAAAGCAAAGUUAAAGACACAGUCGAACGUAUCCAUGUAAAAGAUGUACCUGUUGAUCAGUUUGUAGAGAAAUAUGAGAAACUCUACAAGCCAGUAGUUAUUGUUGGUUUAACUGAUCAUUGGAAGGCAACCUAUAAAUGGACGUUACCUCGCUUAGCAAGGAAGUAUCGUAACCAGAGGUUUAAGUGUGGAGAGGAUAAUGAAGGGUACAGUGUGAAAUUGAAGAUGAAAUAUUUUGUUCAUUAUAUGGAACACAACCAAGAUGACAGUCCACUUUAUAUCUUUGACAGCAGUUUUGGAGAGCACCCUCGACGAAAAAAGUUGUUGGAAGAUUACGAAAUUCCAAAAUAUUUUAGUGAUGACCUUUUCAAAUUUGCUGGGGAAGAAAAGAGGCCGCCAUAUCGAUGGUUUGUGAUGGGAUCUGCUCGAUCUGGGACAGGAAUCCACAUUGAUCCUCUUGGAACAAGUGCUUGGAACUCCUUAAUCCAAGGACAUAAGAGAUGGUGCCUUUUUCCAACAAAUACACCUCGUGAAAUUAUUAAAGUUCGACCACAAGAAGGAGGGAAGCAGACAGAUGAAGCCAUAACUUGGUUCCACAUUAUUUAUCCUCAAACCCAGCAGCCUUCGUGGCCACCAGAAUUCAAACCACUGGAAAUUAUUCAGAAACCAGGAGAGACAGUAUUUGUACCUGGCGGCUGGUGGCAUGUUGUCUUAAACCUGGAAAACACAAUAGCUGUUACCCAGAACUUCUCUAGCCUUACCAACUUUCCAGUAGUAUGGCAUAAAACCGUAAGAGGGAGACCAAAACUUUCCAAAAAAUGGUAUCGUGCUUUGAAGGAACACCGACCAGAACUUGCAGUAGUUGCUGACCAAGUGGACUUAAGUAAAGGAACAGGCUUAGCAUCGGAUAGCUCAAGUGGCUCCAGCUCAUCUUCAUCUUCAGGGUCCUCGUGCUGCUCAAGUUCUGCUUCAGGUAGUGAUGAUGAAGACUCCGGUAAAGAAAGCAUUAGUGACCGUAAGCGAAAAAGAAAACGAUCUGUCAAUCAAGAUGAGGAGGAUAAAGAUCAGCGAAGGCAUAGACGAUAGCAGAAUUAAAUUUUAGAUUGGAAUAGUGUUAUGGAGGAGGAAAAAAAAUUUUAAUGUGUUAAGUGUGUGUAAAAUGAAGGAAUUUUUUAAGACUGAUCAGAAUGCAUUUGUUUCAUCUGCCACAUCAUAUAGGAGUCACAGAAUGUGGGGAUGUCUCUAAGUCACUUCAAUUUCUUUCCUCUUUUUCAAGUGUUAGAUUUUAAACGUUAGGGAAGUGUUACAGAAUAACUAAACUACUGGAAGUCCUAUUCAAAGCAAAUGAAAUAUCAAGUAUGCUUUAUGUUUAUCCAUGUUUUAAAAAUAUUAAUCUGUAUCCAUAUUUAGUUUACAACUCAGUAGGAAGGGUCCAGAUAGAUAAUGAUGUGAAAUUAAUACCCAUUUAAUGUGUUUAGAUUCAGAGUCUUGUUACAAAAUAAACCUUCAUCAAGAAACUGUUACUAACCACUUGUUCAGAUUUUGUACUAUAUAGAAGUGGGUAUGUUGAUCAUAAAAUAAUGGUUUUCAAUUUUGAUAUGUGGAUUUACAGUUGUUUGCAGUUAUUUUUUUAAUAAGCCAAUAAACCCAACUUUACACAUUUAAUUGUUAAACAGGAAUAAAUAUCAGUAACACUCAUCUUUUUAAAAUUAGUUUGUUUUUUUAAAUAACUGAAAGUUCUGUGCUAAAUGUCUAAUGUCAGUAUUCUAUAUGGAUAUUUUAAAGCUUAUUGAAAUAGCUAAAAAAAAUUUCAAAUUAAACAGCUGAUUUUCUCCCUUGCGAAUUUUUUGAAAUAUUGAUAUGUUUAGGUUUUUAACAUUAAUUUUUUUUAUUAUUUAGUAUAAUUCAAGUUAAAUUUCUUGAAGGAAGAAAUUGGGUGAAAGAAUUAAGCAAUGUAGGAUUGAAUGUUUACACAUUUGGAUACUGUUAUAUUCACUUUUUACAAGCUUGUAAAUAAUACCUACUUCAUUAUGGUAAGACAUAGUUACUGCACAGUAACAUCUCUUCCUGCAGUGUUUUUAUUGUUAUGGCAAAGUUUUACCAGACAAAUUACAUUUCUAAAAUGUAUUCCUAUGAGAAACAAACUUUUGACCCUAUAUAUUUCAAGAAUAUUAGUAAUAGUUCUGUAAUAAUCAUUGUAAUAUAAUAUUCCAUUCUCAGCUUCGCUUUUUAUAUCAAAUGUAUUAUUUUUAUCCAACAUCUGCUCAAGUUGUUUAGUUAUUUUUUUUAACAAAACUAUAAUUAUUCACUUAUCUUUAAUGGCAUAUAGUUUAUUAAUCAUCUUGAAAUUUUAUAUGUACACACUUGGAAACACCAAACUUUAAAAAGGUUGAAGUCUUUUUACUAGUUUCUCGUGAGUGUUCUCAUAAGUCACUACUGAUAAAUUUUUGUAUUACUUGCUAGUUUUAAUCUUUAAAGGUAUAUAAUGUUUCUUCAUUAAUAAUAUUAAAUUUUCAUAAAAAAUUUUUUCCCAGUAAUUUCAGACUAAAGGUUUAAUUUUAAUCUGGGGACCUUCUUAAUAUUAACAGCUGGUAAUCUGUAAUAAACUGUUAAUUAAUAAUAUGCAAGAUGACCAAAAUAUUCAUGAUUUGGUUCCCUAAUUUUGUGUAUGUAGUUUUGGAUUGAUCCCAUCAGGGCAGACCUGGCUGUAAACCUGUAUACAUAUUGAUCACUGUUAAAAUUAUGUAUUUAUUCCAGUAUUUUUAAUCAUUAUUUUCUAUAUUAAUGUCAUUUUUUGUUGUGUUUUUAGUUACAAAAGAGAAAAUAUUCAACAUUGCAAUAAAUUAAAACAAGAACUACUAUUACGUUUUACACAAGCUUAGUAAACCUCCAUAAUAACAGCCUACAUUUGGAAUAUUCAAUGAUAUUAUUAAAGUAAACAAAGUUGGUAUCUUUAAAUAACGUUUUUUAUAUUAUUUGAAUUGUGUAGAAAUAUUAAGGGUUUUUUUUUCAACAUAGAUUCUAAAAUAGUUUACAUGGCUAAGAGUAGCAUUUUUCUAUUAAAUUUACAAAUAUGUAAGAAAGAAGAGACAUACGAAGGGCUGAUUCUAAACCAAAAGAAUUUACUUUUUUUUUUUUUGCUGUUAAAAUAAAUAAAAGUUUUUUUUGUGGAGAAGAUUAUGGUUAAAAUUACGAUUCAGUCCAAAAAAUCCAUAACCAAGAAUUCUGAAAGACAAAAAGUGGUAUUCAGAAACAUAUUAACAAUUAUCAGGUAUAUAUAUAUAUGUGGUUCCUAAAGGUGCUUCUGUGUUGGAGUGUACAGCCACUUCUUUUGUGUGAAACAUUAAAACAGAAGUUGUGUAAAUGAUUUCAGAAUUUUAUAUAUUUUUGUCAGUGACACUUCUCAUUCUUCUUUCUGACUGAUAUUAAUAGAAUGUUCUAUUAUAUAUACAUUUCAGAAAAAAUAUUAUAGCGCCCCCUCUUUAAAAAGUGCUACACCUAAGUGAUUUCAUUGGAUGUAAAUUUUAUUCCAACACAUUUGUAAAAGGUAAUUCUUCACCCAUUUCUUCCUAGUGUGAUGACUUUUUAAUUAUUGUAUAAUCAAGUCUGAUGUGUGCUUUUUGUGCAAAUCUUUUUUUUUUUUUAUAAAUUUAUUAAAAUUGUCCUUUGCAUUUUAAGAUGCCUAAGGAAUGUUAUUAAGAAUUUAGUGAAACUUGGGAUUUGUAUUAUAGCAAACAGUUCAAAUAUAUAAAGAGGUGAUUCGUUUCCAAUUUUUGUCUAAAUACUAAGGCUGUGUAUAAAUCCCAUGUGCCUCUAGAAAUAAAAAUGUGAUAAUUUGGAAACCAAUAGCAGCUACUGGCUGGCUGGAAUAUCAUAGCAUUUGUAAAACCUGACAUUCAGUCUUAAUGAACUUAAAGAUCAAACUUGUCCACAGUAUAUUUAGUAAUAAAGAACUUCUUUGAAUUA